UCCACCGUACGACAAGUCAUCAUCGUACCAUCGGCGCUGCCGCCCCCUCCUCCAGGCAUCCAGCAGCAUAUCCCCAACAGCCAUCACAAGCUGCCCUCUCGCACCGCACCACAGCGCCUCUCGCCCAGCUUCCUCGCCCAGCCCAGCUUAUCGAGUCCUACGACGAGGAUGUCGUCAUCGGCACCGCCACCCACGGCCGACACGCCUGAUGAACCGCAGAGCGAUGGAUCCAAGUUGCGCACGUUUUUGGGUAUUCUAAAAAAGUUCAUCGGCGUUUCAGACCUUGCAGCAGUUAGAUUCUCGCUGCCGUCGCAGCUGCUCGAACCCACCCCGAACCUGGAAUACUGGACCUAUCUCGAUGCCCCCAAUGCCUUUAUCGCCAUCGGCACCUCGGACGAUGCCCUCGACCGCAUGCUCGAAGUCGUACGCUUCUGGCUCACCAAGGACUUGAAAUAUGCCAAGGGAAAGCCGUGCAAGCCCUACAAUUCGUGCCUGGGCGAGUUCUUCAGGUGCAAUUGGGAAACCGAAGACAAUGCCCCCAGGAUCGAGACCUCGGGUCUUCAGAAGACCAAUGGCACACCCAAGGGCAGCUUAUCGAACUUGAAGGUGGCGGCCAAGGGCGACAAGAAUGCAUCAUCCGUGUCACUCUCUGUGCCCCAACAUGGCAGCUCCAAGGACAACAAGCUCGUCCGUGUUUCAUACCUCACCGAACAGACAUCCCAUCACCCUCCCGUUAGCGCUUUCCAUGUCACCUGCCCCGAGAAGGGCAUCACCGCUCGCGGUUUCGAUCAGAUCACGGCCAAGUUCACUGGCACCUCGGUCAAGGUCCUCCCCGGCGAGCACAACAUGGGCAUAUUUAUCAGCCUUGACAAGCGCGAUGGCGAGACAUACCAGCUUACGCACCCCGCGGCUCAUCUGGGCGGUCUUCUUCGCGGAGCCUUGAGCGUCUCUGUCAGUGAGAUGGCUUACAUCACCUGCCCCAAGACCAAGAUCAAGGUCAUCCUGCACUACAUUGAAGAAGGCUGGCUGGGACGGACGACGAACAAGAUCGAUGGUGUUGUUUUCAAGUACGAUCCCGAGAACGAUACCAAGACUCGCGUGCAGGAUGUUCCCGAUGAGGACGUGCUCGCCCGGUUGAGCGGCCCAUGGAAAGAGAAGGUCAUUUUCACUCUGGGCCCCCGACCUGUUAAAUCCGUCCCUGUUGAGGAGCAGUUUACUAUUAUCGAUAUCGAACCUCUCAACGUCGCACCCAAGGUCAUCCCACCCAAGGAGCAGCAGCUGCCCAAUGAGUCUCUCACCCUUUGGGGCGGUGUCACCGAGGCCAUUCAUGCCAAGCAAUACGGCAAGGCUACUCAGGUCAAGGUAGAACUGGAAGAGGCUCAACGUGAAAAGGCCCGUCAGCGCGAGGCCAAGAACGAGACAUGGCAACCCGUCUUUUUCCAACACGUCACAGGCAACGACGGCAAGCCGGAUCUCACCGAUAAGGGCCGUGAAGUCCUCGAGAGGGCCCAGAAGGGUGAUUGGUCACUUGAGGGUGUUUUGUAG